GAGAGGGAGGGCGACAACAUAAUGACUAAGCAAAUCCUGGUUCGCGGCUGGCCCUUCUUCUGAUUCAGCAGGAACGUGUAAGCUCGUUUGUCCCCCUCGCUGACUUGGUGCCCUGGUGGCAUCAUUGCAACAGAAAUCCGUAUAAAUUCCUUGUGCUGAAGCUCUGAAGUUUGGCGAACAUUGAUCUUGCAUUCUGUAUGCUGUUCCCAGCCCGAGUCAACGCGUCCCAGAAUAUGUAGGCAGCUUCUUUCGCGCGCAAGACGGGCGAGAGGACCCAAAGAGAUGUGUGCGGUGUGGGCAGACAACGAGUCAUCCAUCGGACCGUAAAGCCGCAUGACUCGACUGUUUCUUCGUUCCACAUGACGCCAACCUCCAAUGAUUUGUCUUAAAAGGCAGCAUAUCGCGCCAUCUUCCCUAUUCUUUCUUCUCCAAAGAGGUAUGGCUGUCGUUCACAACGUUGCACAGAAUGGAUUUGGCUCCGGCACAAACGAACUCUAUGACCGCGCGCGACCGUCGUACCAAUCUAUGGCCUUGUCUGCGAUAAGGGAAGCAGUAAAGGCAACGCCUCCGUUUAAUGUCGCCGAAAUCGGUGCCGGAACAGGUCUGUUCACCAAGGCGCUUCUCAAGCACCCAGAUUUCGCCAGCUCAAUCAAAGAAUUGAAGGCUGUUGAGCCUAGCGCCGGAAUGCGCGACGUCUUCGUCAAGACCGUUCAAGACGAGCGUGCCUCUGCGAGGGACGGUACAUUUGAUACCACCAAUAUUGAAGACGGCUGGGCUGACCUCGUCACAAUUGCUCAGGCAUUUCAUUGGUGCCCGGACUACGACGCUGCCUCCGCCGAGUUCGCCAGGAUCCUCAAGCCUGGUGGAGUUGUCGCCUUCAUUUGGAACCUCGAAGAUAGGGAUGCGGCACGAUGGGUUGCUCAAUUGAGGAAUGAAAUCGAGCAGCAUGAAGCCGGCAGUCCUCAGUUCCGGCUAGGCUUGUGGCGCAAGACUUUUGAUACUGAUUCUUACAAAAGGCUCUUUGAACCACCAGUGGAGAAGACUUGGGCGUAUACCUUGCCCUGCAACGUCUCACUCGCGGUGGAUAGAGCAAACAGUAAGAGCUACAUCCAGACUUUACCUGACGAUGUCAGGUCUAAAGUGUUGGAUAGCGUCAAGGCCAUCGUAGAGCAAGGCGAUGAUAAAGUGUGGAUAGACGAAAGCCAAGGCACUUUCGAAUAUCCUUACCAGACGUUCUUGGUUAUUUCACAGAAGAAGUAUUAGAGCCCGAAUUUGUAGACAUGUAGAAUCCGUUUGUAACCUCGACUGAAAUGACAUACAGCUUUUCUUGCCCAAUCAUAAAAUA